UCCACUACGAGCAAUAUCAACGCUUGCACCGCCCGCGAGCCGUUGAGAGCGAGAGUAGAUAGAAAAAUGGCGAGUCUGCUGCAGCUGAGCGAGUACACGCAUCCAGUGAUCGUGCUGAAGCCGUCCUUGACCUCUCUCCUUCCCAGCUCUUCUCGGCCUCGCCAACAAGAUUACCGAACUCAGCCUCGCAUUUCACCUCCCAAAGCCUCUCUCCAACAAUCUUCUUCUUCUUCUUCUUCUUCCCUGACUCGGAGAGAAUUCGCAUCCCAAACCGCGGCUAUUUCAGUGUCUCUUCUAGCAGCUCCUCCGGCAAGGUCCGAAGAUGCACUUUCGGAGUGGGAGAGAGUGUACCUCCCCAUCGACCCCGGCGUCGUUCUCCUCGACAUCGCUUUCGUCCCUGACGACUUGAAUCACGGUUUUCUUUUGGGGACUAGGCAAACCAUUAUGGAGACAAAAGAUGGUGGAAACACUUGGGCUCCACGUUCAAUACCCUCGGCCGAGGACGAAGAUUUUAACUACAGAUUUAAUUCCAUUAGCUUCAGAGGAAAGGAGGGAUGGAUUGUUGGGAAACCUGCAAUUCUGUUGUACACUUCAGAUGCUGGAGAAAGCUGGGAUAGGAUACCACUAAGCUCUCAACUUCCUGGAGAUGUGGUAUAUAUAAAGGCAACAGGAGAGAAGAGUGCAGAGUUGGUGACCGACGAAGGUGCAAUAUAUGUUACGUCAAAUAGGGGCUACAACUGGAGGGCUGCAGUCCAGGAAACUGUUUCAGCUACUCUUAAUAGAACAGUUUCCAGCGGUAUUAGUGGUGCAAGCUAUUACACAGGAACGUUUAAUACUGUAAAUCGCUCUCCAGAUGGAAGGUAUGUUGCUGUCUCAAGCCGUGGUAACUUCUAUCUUACCUGGGAGCCUGGGCAGCCAUUCUGGCAGCCGCAUAACAGAACAAUUGCAAGAAGAAUCCAAAACAUGGGUUGGAGAGCUGAUGGUGGUCUUUGGCUUCUUGUUCGUGGAGGGGGACUUUAUCUUAGCAAAGGCACAGGGAUAACAGAAGAAUUUGAAGAAGUUCAAGUUCAAAGCCGGGGUUUUGGCAUUCUCGAUGUUGGGUACCGAUCAGAGGAAGAGGCUUGGGCGGCAGGAGGAAGUGGGAUCCUACUGAGAACUACUAAUGGUGGCAAGACAUGGACCCGUGACAAAGCAGCUGAUAAUAUUGCUGCAAAUCUAUACUCGGUGAAGUUUAUCAAUGACAGCAAGGGGUUUGUGCUAGGGAAUGAUGGAGUCUUGCUUCGUUAUCUUGGAUGAAGUUGUAAUUACACGCGGUUUGUCAACAAUGCCCACAAUUUUGUACUGCUAUAUUAUACAUUCAAGCUCUUGAACUGAAUGCUGUCAAGAGGGGCCUAAAUUUCAUCGUUAGAAGUUGUAAUUGUCAUGUAAUUAUUAUUACAUUUGGGAGUAGCAAUUCCUUGCCAAAUGUGCUGUCCUCCAAAGAAGGUAUGCAUAGUAACAACGAUUAAACUUUUGCAACUUGUCAGAUAAAUAAGAUUUGUUAUUCAAUGUCAA